AUGCCUUCAAAACGACCAUCUGGACCGCGGCAACAAGGUCAACCUCCGCAGCGACAGCGCAGAACCCUCAGCUGUCUCCCAUGCAGGAUUUACAAACUCCGGUGCGACCGCUCGGUUCCCUGCCGAACAUGUUCACGUUACGGCCGUGAGGACCGUUGCCGCCAGAACCCUCCCCCAGCCAACGUAUUGACGAGGCAAGCCAGUCAUCAGAAUACCGACGUUCCUGUUAGACCAGAUAUACGCCUAACUCCCUCGGAAUCUCCCAUCUCACAUCAAUUUUCCGACACCCUGGUGACAGAAGCCGCAGAUAUCACGGGCUCUACACCUGUUCUACCGCCUUUGAAUCAUCCACAAGCAAACAGAUUGGAAGUAGCAAAUGUUCCAGAGUCAGAUAGCCACAAUCAUGGCCACGUUCCAGAAACUCCCAGCAGUCUUGCCGUCUCAUCAGCGCCAUCAUGGCAGACCUCAGCACGCGAAACUGUUGCCUCGGCCGUGGCCAUGCGGUCCCAAAACUUGCCAAACCAUACCUUACUAGAUGAACCGGCAGCCUAUUGGAAACGAUAUCUCGUUGACAUUCUUCCAUCGCAAAACCAAUGCGACAUGUUCGUGGCAUACUUCUUUGAGAACAUCAACUGGACCUAUCAGGCGAUACAUGCACCGUCAUUCCGCGCUGAAUAUGCGGCCUUUUGGACCACCCCCGUCGAUGACAUUGAUCUCAUUUGGCUGUCUCUCCUGUAUAUGAUCCUAUGCCUAGGAGCGUUUUUCAUACCCUCUCAGGUAGCCGAGGUUGGUGCCUUUGAAGCUGCAGACCUUACGUUACUGCAUCGACGUUGGUACUCUGCCUCGCGACAAGCCCUUCACUACGGGGGUCAUGACGCCCGUCCGACAGUAACCCAACUUCAGGUUUUCCUAAUAUCACAGACGUACUGGUAUAGUACAAAAACUAUAGAGAGCCUCAACUCACAUAUGGCUCAGGCAGUUCGCAAUGCGCAAGCACUCGGUCUCGAUGAGCCAUCGCCGCCGUCAAUGAACCCCCUCCAAAGGGAAAUGCGCCAUCGCAUAUGGUGGGAUAUUGUGUCCUCCGACACCUUUCAAUCUGUCUGCCUUGGCCGUCCUCCCCUUUUACAAGCACACCUAUCAUCUGUUCCAUUCCCUUCCAACUGCAGAGAUGAAGACAUAACAGCUUCCCACGUCCAUGUCAGGCCAUUGCAAGAGCCCACCGAAAUGUCAAUUCACCAUGUCCGUGCCGUAAUCUUCAAAAUCCUCAACAAGCUAUACAUCAACAAUGGUGCAAAUCUAUCAUCCUACGAAUUUGUCGCAGGUAUCGACUCUGAAAUAUCCGCCGUCAUGGACACAUUACCAUGGUAUCUGCGCGAGGACCCAACCGUUGUAAGCCAACGACUAUCCACACGGUUGGCCACCCUCGUCAAUUGGAUGCGUCACAUCCUUCACAACUGCAUCUGCGUCCAGAGAAUCCGCAUGUAUCGACCGUUUCUCAAUCCCCGUGUCGGGGAUGCCUGGCAGAGAUGUAUGGAAGCCAGCGAGUCCGCGCUCUCUGUGUACAAGUGUGUCCGCAACCAAGACGUCACUCGUUUCAAACGCUCUCAAAAGAUGUACAUCCAUGCCUAUCAGACCUUCUCGGCGGCUGUAUCUCUCUCCGUAUUUUUACUCGUCGAGAUGCCGCCAAACGUCCAAUCCAUCAAGGCCGAUAUUGAGAUGGUGAUUGAAGAUUUGCACUUUCACAGCUCGAGUGCCGGCGAUCUGCGCCGAAUUCCCUUAAUUUCCGACGGCUGGAAUGUCAUCCGUCGAAUCUUGGCUCUUUACGAUAUCAGACGGAAUCAUAUGCAGAAGCCACGCGACACUGGAGCAUUGGGAAGUUCUAAGGAGCCAGAUGAUGCUCCUACAGCACUUGUCCCGGCCAUAUCGUCCGUUUUUGGUGGCGAAUCAUCAGCUUAUCGGUACUUGGAAAGGUGCGCUAUCGACUACAUCGUCACCGGUUCUGCUGAAAAUUCGGCUGGGAGAACUGGCUCGGCGACAAAUCUUGGUACCAGUCUGGGGUUAGACGGGCUGGGUGACCUUGCGCCUUUGAGCCAGUGGGGAGAUGCUUGGUGGCCUGAUAUAGACUUGAUAUUGGCCAUUAAUACUGAUGUCAUGUAG